AUGGGCUUAGAUGGUGGACUUAUAACAACUAGACAAGAUAUGACGACAAAGUCAACUAAAAAGACUCGACAGGAAAUAGAAAAAGAGAAAAAUGAAUCAAAUGCUGAUUCAUAUUGGAAAAUGUGUGCACUCACAGGUCUCCUUUUGCAAGUUCCUAUAUUAAUAUCUCGAUCAGGUAGUAUUUUUAGAAAAGAAGACGUAUUAGAAGCUAUUGUUAAAAAAAUCUUACCAAAAAGAUUUAAAUAUCUAAAGCAUCUUAAGAAUUCUAAAGAAGUUGAUCUUCGUGGAGCUAAUACUUUAUUAGAAUACGUAUGUCCUUUAUCUUCUAAGUCACCAAUCCCUUCUUCAAAAGAAUCUUUCGUUUUCCUCUUCUCGUGCGGCCAUCUAUUUUGCAAAGAUGCAUUUGAUUUGAUGUGUUCAGAUCAUGUUUGUCCAAUUUGCGGCAAUAAAACAGAUACUUCAGAUAUUAUUGAAUUGAAUUGCUUCCAAAAUCAUGAAUGGAAGAAAUAA